AUGCUUGCUCAAAGACGAGCGAACACCCUCGCGCGCACCGUCCUGGGCCGCCGUGGCCUCGCCACUCCCACCGCGCUCCCCGCCAAGGACUACGACGCUAUCACCCCUCCCUACCCCCGCCUCAUUAAGACCCUGGAUGAGGUCCGCAACGUCCUCGGCAAGGACCGCAAGCUCACCCUCGCCGAGAAGAUCCUCUAUGCUCACGUCCGCAACCCCGAGGAGUCGCUCGGAGGCGGCGGCAAGAUUCGCGGCGAGCGCUACCUCAAGCUUCGCCCGGACCGUGUCGCCAUGCAGGACGCGUCGGCCCAGAUGGCUCUCCUCCAGUUCAUGACCUGUGGUCUUCCCGACACUGCUGUCCCCGCCUCGAUUCACUGCGACCACCUUAUCCAGGCUUACCGUGGCGCCGCCGAGGACCUUCCCCGCUCUAUCGACCAGAACAAGGAGGUGUUCGAGUUCCUCGAGUCCGCUGCCAAGAAGUACGGCAUUGAGUUCUGGAAGCCCGGAUCGGGUAUUAUCCACCAGAUCGUGCUUGAGAACCACGCCGCCCCCGGUCUCCUCAUGCUCGGUACCGACUCGCACACCCCCAACGCUGGUGGUCUCGGUAUGCUCGCCAUCGGUGUUGGUGGUGCCGACGCCGUCGAUGCCCUCACCGACACCCCUUGGGAGCUCAAGGCUCCUCUGAUUACCGGCGUCAAGCUCACCGGCCAGCUCCAGGGCUGGGCUGCUCCUAAGGACCUUAUUCUCCACCUUGCCGGCAAGCUCACUGUCCGUGGCGGUACCGGCCGUAUCCUUGAGUACUUCGGGCCCGGCGUCACCUCGCAGUCGUGCACUGGUCUCGCGACCAUUGCCAACAUGGGUGCCGAGGUUGGUGCCACCACCUCCACCUUCCCCUACUCGGAGAACAUGCGCGAGUACCUGAAGGCUACUGGCCGUGCCCCCGUCGCCGAGGCUGCCGACGCUGCCGCCAAGGCUGGCUACCUCUCCGCUGACGAGGGUGCCGAGUACGACGAGGUCAUCGAGAUCAACCUCUCCGAGCUGGAGCCCCACCUCAACGGCCCCUUCACCCCCGAUCUCGCUACCCCCAUCUCCAAGUUCUCCGAGUUCGUCAAGGAGAACAACUACCCCGAGGUUAUUUCCGCCGCGUCCAUCGGCUCCUGCACGAACUCGUCGUAUGAGGACAUGUCCAAGGUCGCCUCCAUCGCUGAGCAGGCCAAGGCUGCUGGCCUUACCUCGAAGGUUCCCUUCCUUGUCACCCCCGGAUCUGAGAUGAUCCGCGCCACCAUUGAGCGUGAUGGCAUCGAGGGCAAGCUUGAGUCUAUCGGUGCUACCGUUCUUGCCAACGCUUGUGGUCCCUGUAUCGGCCAGUGGAAGCGUGAGGACAAGCAGGGCGAGGACAACAUCAUCCUCACUUCGCACAACCGCAACUUCCGCAACCGUGCCGACGGCAACGCCAAGACCCUCCAGUUCCUUACCUCCCCCGAGAUCGUCACCGCCAUGGCCUUCGCCGGCAGCGCGCACUUCAACCCCAUCACUGACUCGAUCGAGACCCCCAACGGACCGUUCAAGUUCCAGCCCCCUUCUGGUGACCGUCUGCCUCCCCAGGGCUACACCGGUGGUGACCUUGCUUACGCUCCCACCCCUUCGCCCAAGCCUUCCCCGGAGACUGAGGUCAAGAUCUCGCCCACCUCUACCCGUCUCGAGAUCCUCGAGCCCUUCACCACCCCCUUCCCCAACGGCCCUGCUGAGCUUCCUGAGCUCACCUGUCUCCUCCGUGUUCGUGGCAAGUGCACGACCGACCACAUCUCGGCUGCUGGCCCCUGGCUCAAGUACAAGGGACAUCUCUCAAACAUUUCUGAGAACACCCUCAUGACCGCUGUCAAUGACGAGGGUGGCAAGGUGAACGUCGCCCGCGACUCCAACGGCGAGGACACCAUCCCCAAGGUCAUGCAGAAGUACAAGGCCCGCCAGGAGCCGUGGAUGCUUGUGGUUGACGACAACUACGGCGAAGGUUCGGCCCGUGAGCACGCCGCUCUCCAGCCGCGAUUCUACGGCUGCCACCUCAUCGUCGCCCGCUCGUUCGCCCGUAUCCACGAGACCAACCUCAAGAAGCAGGGUAUCCUCCCCCUCUGGUUCGCCGACAAGGCCGACUACGCCAAGAUCUCUGCCGGCGACAAGGUCCAGACUGAGGGCCUGAAGGAGCUCCUUGCCAACGGCGAGGGCCAGAUCUCGCUCAAGGUCACCAAGCCCAACGGCGAGGUCCUCACCAUCCCCACGACGCACACCAUGUCUGCUGACCAGAUCAACUGGCUCCGCAGCGGCUCUGCCCUCAACUUCAUUGGCGAGCAGGCGCGCAAGUAA